UCAGGCAGGAGGGAGACUUUCCUUUCCUGCGAAGCCACAGCUCCGUUCCAGAUCUCCCUUUGCUUUUGUCGCUCCUUGAAGGAGCUGUGCGCUUGAAUCGCUUCACCGACGCGCCGCUGCUUCAGCUAGUUUCUGUGCUCGUAGGGGCUUCCCUUUAUUUCGGGUUCAAUCACCGGCUUCGGUGCAGUUCCGCCAGAGAGAAACUUGGCCCGUUAUGGCUGUGGGUGGAGGAUGAGCCACAUGAAUUCAGCUCAGCCUGUUUUCCAGCCCCGAUUGCUUCACUGUGUGUAGCCGAUGGGAUUUGUGGCCCCGUCGAGACCGGCGGUUUGGAAGCGGGGCGUCACGCGGGGCUGCAGAGGGAGCAGUUACAGACCUCUGCCGGGCUGUCCCUUCGUCAGCGCAAAGCACGGUGGGGCGAGCCUCGCGUUCAGGAUCAACGUGGAAGAAGAAUUUGGGACUUUGGGCUGGCCGUGGGAAGUCAGUGCUUGCAGCCGCUGCAUCUUGAAGCACAGCUCUGAGGCGUGCAGACCCACCGCUGCUAUGGGAGACUCUGUGGCAGGCCCGGCGCUCAGCCCCGCGCCGCAGGGGAACGGCGGGACGUCCCUCAGCGUCAUCACGGAGGGCGUCGGGGAGCUGGCGGUCAUCGACCCCGAGGUGGCAAAGAAAGCCUGCGAGGAGGUCCUGGAGAAAGUGAAGCUGAUGCACGGCGUUUCCUCGGACAGCUUGACAAAAGCAGCUGAUGGAAGCGAGGCGGAGCGCGCCCCGCGGACUGCUGUAGAUUUGCCCAACGGAGAGGUCGUGGAGGGCUGUGAAAUCAGGUGCUUGGACGAUCUGCCCAGCACAGCCUCUAAGAUCCAGGAGGAGGAUGAGACCACGGCCAACACGGUGAAAACCGCCCGCAAGCGGCAGAAGAAUAACUCUGCCAAGCAGUCGUGGCUCCUCCGGCUCUUUGAGUCCAAACUGUUUGAUAUCUCCAUGGCCAUUUCAUACUUGUACAAUUCAAAGGAACCUGGUGUGCAGGCUUACAUUGGGAAUAGGUUGUUCUGCUUUAGGAACGAGGAGGUGGACUUCUACCUGCCACAGCUGCUCAAUAUGUACAUCCACAUGGACGAGGAUGUGGGGGAUGCCAUCAAGCCCUACAUCGUGCACCGCUGCCGGCAGAGCAUCAACUUCUCCCUGCAGUGCGCCCUGCUGCUGGGCGCCUACUCCUCGGACAUGCACAUCUCCACCCAGCGACACUCCCGUGGGACCAAGCUGCGGAAACUCAUCCUCUCGGACGAGUUGAAGCCAGCUCACAAGAAGAGGGAGCUGCCGUCCCUGAGCCCAGCACCCGACAUGGGGCUGUCUCCUUCCAAAAGGACUCACCAGAGGUCCAAGUCGGAUGCCACGGUUACCAUCAGCCUGAGCAGCAAUCUGAAGCGCACAGCCAGCAAUCCCAAAGUCGAGAGCGAGGAAGAGGAGCUCUCCUCGAGUACGGAAAGCCUUGAUAAGUCAUUCUGUUCCCCUGUCAGACUUGCUCCCGAGAGAGAGUUCAUCAAAUCCCUGAUAGCCAUCGGGAAGCGCCUGGCCACCUUGCCGACCAAAGAGCAGAAGACCCAGCGGCUCAUCUCGGAGCUGUCACUGCUGAACCACAAGCUGCCAGCACGUGCCUGGCUCCCGACGGCCGGCUUCGACCAUCACGUAGUGCGGGUGCCCCACACGCAGGCAGUCGUGCUCAACUCCAAGGACAAGGCUCCUUAUUUAAUCUACGUUGAAGUACUUGAAUGUGACAAUUUCGACACAGCGAAUGUGCCUGCCCGGAUCCCCGAGAACCGCAUCCGGAGCACGCGCUCAGCCGAGAACCUCCCGGAGUGCGGCAUCACGCACGAGCAGCGGACCAGCAGCUUCACCACCGUCCCCAACUAUGACAACGACGACGAGGCUUGGUCCGUGGACGAUAUCGUGGAGCUGCAAGUCGAGCUGCCGGAGAUUCACACCAACAGCUGUGACAACAUUUCCCAGUUCUCCGUGGACAGCAUCACCAGCCAGGAGAGCAGGGAGCCCGUCUUCAUAGCUGCUGGAGAUAUCAGGCGACGACUCUCAGAGCAGCUGGCGCACACCCCCACGGCCUUCAAGAGGGAUCCCGAGGACCCGUCCGCGGUCGCCCUGAAGGAGCCCUGGCAGGAGAAAGUCAGGAGGAUCAGGGAAGGGUCCCCGUACGGCCACCUCCCCUCCUGGCGCCUCCUUUCCGUCAUCGUGAAGUGCGGGGACGACCUGCGGCAGGAGCUGCUCGCCUUCCAGGUCCUCAAGCAGCUGCAGUCCAUCUGGGAGCAGGAGCGUGUUCCCCUCUGGAUCAAGCCAUACAAAAUCCUCGUCAUCUCCGCCGACAGCGGCAUGAUUGAGCCAGUUGUGAAUGCUGUUUCCAUCCACCAAAUCAAGAAGCAAUCCUUGCUGUCGCUGCUGGAUUAUUUCCUGCAGGAACACGGCAAUUACAACACCGAAUCCUUCCUGACGGCCCAGAGGAAUUUUGUGCAGAGCUGUGCUGGUUACUGCCUGGUGUGUUACCUGCUGCAGGUCAAGGACAGGCACAAUGGCAACAUCUUGCUGGAUGCAGAUGGACACAUCAUCCACAUUGAUUUUGGGUUCAUCCUUUCCAGUUCCCCCAGGAAUCUUGGCUUUGAGACGUCUGCCUUCAAACUCACCACUGAAUUUGUGGAUGUGAUGGGUGGGCCAGACGGGGACAUGUUCAACUACUACAAGAUGCUGAUGCUGCAGGGUCUCAUCGCUGCCCGGAAGCACAUGGAUAAAGUCGUGCAGAUUGUGGAGAUAAUGCAGCAAGGUUCACAGCUCCCCUGCUUCCACGGCUCGAGCACCAUCCGCAACCUGAAGGAGCGUUUCCACAUGAACAUGACGGAGGAGCAGCUGCAGCUGCUCGUGGAGCAGAUGGUGGAUGGCAGCAUGCGCUCCAUCACCACCAAGCUCUACGAUGGCUUCCAGUACCUCACCAACGGCAUCAUGUGAUGGCAGCGGGCUGCCCGCUCCCAGAACAGCUCCUCGCCCACCGUGGCGCCCAGCCUGGGCCUGAGCUUCACCCUCUCUGGGGAAGAGGCCUUGGGCCUCAAUGGUAAAAGUAUGCUGAGUCUCAGCAGCUUCCUGGGGAUUUUUUUUUUUUGCCAGACUCUUUAACAAAACAAAGAAACAAGACAAAACCAAGCAGUUAAAGCAAGAAAAAAAAAUCCUACUUGUGAAAAAUCAAAGCGUAAAGGAUGAUGCGGUAA